ACAAUGAAGGUUAUAAUAGUAUUGUCUAUACUCUGUGGUUUGGGAAUGUCGGUAUCCGCGGAUAUAUCAUGCGGACAAAAUGUCACUCAAGCGGUAAAAGCCUGCACUACGGCGGGAUCCGAAGCUCAAACCGAGCAAGACUGUGUAGUGGCCUCCGUAAUGGAUUACAUUGACUGCCAACAACCCCAAGAUGUCCAAAUAAUGUCAAGAGCCGGCGGGGAUGGGACUGCCAAAAUGACUAAAAUAAAAUGUAUAGUGGUCACCUCGAUAGAUAUGUUCAAGUGUUUCGUCCAGGAAUUACUGAAAACACCAUUCUCUUGGGACUGGGCGGCGCUUACUAAAUGCCUCAUGACCUAUUCACCCGCUUACCUGGGGUGUGCAUAAAACCUGAGUCUACCUGAUUAAGUACUGCAACAUUAAUUUCAGUAAAUCAUGUCAACAGUUUUCUUCAAGGCAUGAUUAAAAAUAAUAGCAACUUA